AUGGGCGGCUCGGACGAAGAGAAGGAGAAGGAGAAAGAGCGCAAGAGGGAUAUAGUGGGAGACUUUCUGAAAAAGAACUUGAAUAAAGGUGAAAUAGCUUUGAAGCAUGCAGUGGGUCUCGGGAGUCAGCCAAAUGUCGUCCCUGUUACUGAGCCCGUCGUCGACGGACCACGUCGGCCUGUUGAGGUUGGAUGGCAUCCUGUCGGCGGAUUUGCCGGAAAGUGGUUUGCGGAAGAGACGGGAUUGGGGAAGAUGAUCACGGAGAAGAUCAACAAGUAUCCUGAUCCGACGCAGCAUUGGGCUGUUCUCGUUGGCGACUAUGCUCAUCAGCUAUGGAUGGCGAAACAGGAUGAGAACUUUGAUGUGAUCUACACGAAUGCAAAGAUCGAACGCGACGAGUGGCGGACAUUCCCAGUCGGAGAGACGCGCUUCAAUGAUGAUGCAUUAAGGCGAGCUGGCGAAUCGGUGAUCCAGAGUAUUAGAGAGAGACAACCCACUUACAACCUCAUAACCAACAAUUGCCAGACCUACGUCCUCCAGCUCCUCGACGCCAUCAAGGUAGGCGUGAAUAAAGAGUUCGGCACUACCCUGGCUGUCUACGAGAGAGUCUUUGGACCAGGCAAGAUCAAGGAUCUCUUUGAAGGCGAAGAGAAGCCAGAAGAUCAGCAACAGCACCAAAUUGAACAAGGAGGAGAACCUGGAGCCGAGCCAGGAACGCAGCAGCCAAUGCAUCCAGGCAGAUCGGAUACAGUCAACCUGGCACAAGAUGUCAUGAACCAGAAUACCAACCAAUUAGACACCGAAAGGGAAAUGGAGAGACAUGAGGAUGAGAAGGAAGACAAGGAGAAGAAGAAGAAGGGAUUCUUCUCGCGGUUCAAGCGAAGUAAUAGUUAG